AAACCUCAAAAUACUUUCCACACACAUCACAUCACAUAAUUAUUAAAUCCAAAUUUCUCUUAAUUUCUAGACUCUUCUUCUCCGGUCCAAAAACCCUAAUCAAAAAUUCUAACAAAUCUAAUCAUGUCCGACGACCUGCCGGCCGUCUCCGCCGCCGUCGAUCAGCUCGAUCCAUUAUCCUCCUUACCAAUUCCGUCGUCCAUAUUCUCCGACGACCUAUCAUUUUCCGACGAUUUCCUCUCCUUCAACUUCGACGACGCCGAUCAGUUUUUCAAUUCUGAUUUCGAUCCUCAUCAGGACGACCUAAACGACGUCGUUUUCGAUCCUUCUUCAGGUAUUAAUAAUAAUAAUAAUAAUUUAUCAGAUGUUUCUCAAUUUCUUAAUUUUCCGUUAUCUCCGGUGGAUCAUGUUAGUGAUGAAAUUAUAGAAAAUAUUGAUUAUAAUAUCAAUAAUAAUAAUAAUAAUAAUAAUAAUAAUAAUAAUAAUAAUAAUAAUAAUAAUAAUAAUAAUAAUAAUAAUAAUGAUAGUAAUUAUAUUAAUAUUAUUGAUAAUGAUAGUAAUAGUAAUAAGAAUGAUAAUAGCGAUUUAGUAUCUCCGCAAUUUCCGGUAUCCUCGUCGCAAGGUUCGGGUUCCGGAAAUUGCGGUUCGGGUGGAAUCGAAGGUGAUGCGAAUUGUGAUAGUUGUGGAUCACCGGAAUCUGGUAAUUCGGUUGUGGAACAGAAGGUUGUUAAGAAGGAAUUGUUAUCAGGGAGUAAUUUCGUGUUGAAAAGAAAAAAUGAUGAAAAUUUGGAAUGUAAAACGAAUAAAUAUCGAAAAAGUAACGAAAUGACUGAGACGAAUGAGAUGAUGAGUGGAAUGGAGAAUUUGGAUGAGAAGAAGAAAGCUAGGUUGAUCAGGAAUAGAGAGAGUGCACAGUUGAGUAGGCAAAGGAAGAAGCAUUAUGUUGAAGAGUUGGAAGAUAAAGUGAGGAUGAUGCAUUCGACUAUACAGGAUUUGAAUGCUAGGAUUAGUUAUUUUGCUGCCGAGAAUGCGACUUUGAAGCAACAAAUGGUGGCAGGGGGUGGUGGUGGUGUGGGUAUGCCGAAUAUGAUGUAUCCGCCUCAUCCUGGGAUGGCUCCAAUUGGGUAUCCAUGGAUGCCGUGUCCUCCUUAUGUAGUUAAGUCACAAGGGUCUCAGGUUCCGUUGGUACCAAUUCCUAGGUUGAAACCACAGCAGCAGAAUGGUGGGGUGUCUUCUUUGGAGAAAACGAAGAAGGUUGAUGUUAAGAGAAGUGAAAGCGGUGUGAAAAGUAAGGUGAAGACGAAGAAAGUUGCAAGUGUGAGUUUUCUUGGGUUGUUGUUGUUUGUGUUGAUGUUUGGUGGGUUGGUUCCGAUGAUGAAUGUGAAGUUCGGUGAGAAGUCUGGUAUGACGAGUGAUGGUUAUAAGUUUUAUGAUCGGGGGUAUCCAGGGAGGGUGUUGAUGGGUGAUGAGCAUGUUAAUGGCAGUAAUCAUAGGACAGGGAUUGGUAAAGGGCGAACUCAUGAGGAUAAUGGUAGUGAGCCUCUUGUGGCAUCUCUCUAUGUUCCGAGGAAUGAUAAGCUUGUGAAAAUUGAUGGGAAUCUGAUAAUUCAUUCUGUUCUGGCGAGUGAAAAAGCUAUGGCGAAUAAAGAAAAACCUGGCAUGACUAAGAAGGAAGAUGAUGGGUCGGCAGGCGCUCUUGAUUUGGUUCCUGCUAUCUCUGUUCCAGCAGUGGGAAGGAAUGGUGGAAGACAGCCGCAUAUGUAUAGGACUUCAAAUGAGCGUCAAAGAGCUCUUCCGUCUGACAAGGAAAAUCUGAAGUCAAAUCCUGCUGAUGGUAAACUGCAGCAAUGGUUUCGUGAAGGCCUUGCUGGACCUAUGUUGAGCUCAGGAAUGUGUACUGAAGUCUUCCAGUUUGAUGUAUCCACAGCCAUAGUACCCGCCACCUCAGUUGUCAACAUUACCGCAGAAAACCUCCACAAUUCAACUUACAUCUCCACUGUGAAGAACAGAAGGAUUCUCCAUGGUCUUCCUAUACCCCUUCCAAGCUCGACGACCAACAUCACAAAAGAACGAGUAUCGAGUCAUGACUCAAAACACGAGGACCUCCACAAAAAUGGUAACGUUUCAUCAAUGGUGGUUUCUGUACUGUUUGACCCUCGAGAGGCAGGGGACAGUGGUGAUGUGGAAGGUAUGAUGGGUGGCAAGUCAUUUUCGAGGAUAUUUGUUGUGGUGUUGCUAGACAGUGUCAAGUACGUGACCUACUCUUGCAUGCUUCCAUUGAAGGGAGGUAGUCAUCUCGUAACGGCAUAAAUUAUGGAAGUUUUGUAGAUACAGAGAGAGUAGAGUUAUAUGAGUUGGAAAUGAAAAUGUUGUGCUUGUGAAAGCUCUAAUGGUGUCCUUUGUGGUCUAGAUAAUAUAGUAUGACUUGUGAUCAAACUCAUGCCCAAGGCAUCUAAUUAACAAAAUAUAUAAUAAUAUAUCAAUCAGUAUUUUCCUUUUGUCAUGUA